CGCCGGAGCAGACGAACCGAACAAGUUCGAUAUCGCGAAUCGAGCCGGUGAAAUAUCAUCGAGAGCACGACAUGCGUUCCAUCGCGUUAAUAAUCAUCGCUCUGUCCGCCGUGCUGGCCUCCACGAUCUUCAUCGAGGCUCAGCCAGUGGCCGACGAGGCGAAACCGAGGGCGCAGCAGAAUGUACCGGAAGUUCAGGCGAACGUGGCGGUCGCGAAGAAGACCCCGGACUCCUCCAGCGAGGAAUCCAGCAGCAGUAGCGAGGAGAAAACUGGGAAAGCUGGAAAAGCGAAGAGAGAAGUGACGGAUGUCGUGGAGACGUUGAUGGAGGAAGAGGAAGAGGAAGAGGAAGAACCUCCCGCGAGGCUGGAACGAUCGGCCAAGAAGAAAAAUGACGACGACCGCGACUGCAGUAGCAGCAGCAGUAGCAGCAGCAGUAGCAGCAGUAGCAGCAGUAGCAGCAGUUCUUCCAGCGACGACGACGACGAUGACGAUAAUUGCAAAAAGUCGAAGAAAAAGAACAACGACGACGACGACGACGACGACGACGAUAGCAGCGAUGACGAUGAUUGCAAGAAAGGCAAGAAGUCGAAGAAAAAGGGCGGCUGCAACGGCAAUGACGACAGCGACGACGACGACGACGACGACAACGGAGGGAAAGGGUGCAAGAGGAGAAAGUACAAGAGGGACGUUGAUGGACAGGGCAAUGUUUCGGUGAGCAAGUCCUCUUCCGAGGAGAAAACUAAACCGUGGCUGUAACACAGUUGAUCGAAGCUCAACGAGCAGCCUCUAGCGUAGAAGAUAAUUUUCGUACUUGAUCCGUGGAAAACGAGGAAAUUCGGGAAGAUUGCACGAGCUGAGAAGAAAAGUUAUCGGGGUACAUCCUAUGGCCAUGUUGACGAGGGAAAGAAACGCGUCGAAUGUCGCAAUACGUAUGUUGUUUACCGCGCAUUACUUCUCAGAUAGCGCGAAUUCCGUGACCGUAUUUCGCCGUUCGACGAUCCAACCAUGUAAAAUGCGUCGCGGUUUUUAAUAUCCGUCGUAAGCGUCCGCUUAUCCACGUAUGUAUCGCGCGCGCCGACGUAUCUCUUUUCGAAAAAUUGUCGCAAUAAAGGAAAAUUACACACGUC